CCGUCUCCAUGAUUUUGACUAUCUAAUAUCUAUUGGAGGUCGUUCGAAACGUCGGCAAUGUCAAUCAUAGACUUACUCUAUAAAGAGGAGUCCUUGUAGCUAAAUCCUCGAGUUCAACUCUCUCUACUUGCAGCUCCAGAGCAUCCACUAGAGACAGAAUCCUCAAACCAUUAUGGAGAAGAUUUGGCGUUUGAUUUGGUUGCUGAGUUUUGCGGAGUUUGUAAGUUUUUGCCAGGCAAGAGUGCCAGGGGAACAGCCUCUCUCUAAUAUUGCCAUUCAUAGGACGACUCUUGCUCUGCACGAGUCUGCCUAUAUUAAAGCCUUUCCUCUUGUUCUUGGCUUGAAGGGCGAAAACAGUGGAUGGGUGACUUUGAAGUUUAGUCAACCUAACCCAUCCAGUGAUGAUUGGAUAGGAGUGUUUUCUCCUUCGAACUUUAGUGCAACAACUUGUGAGCCUGAAAAUACGAAAGAUAAGCCUCCACUGUUGUGUACUGCACCUAUUAAGUACCAAUAUGCAAAUUAUUCAAACCCAAGUUACACAAGUACAGGAAAUGGGAUUUUGAAGCUUCAGUUGAUCAAUCAGAGGGCUGACUUUUCCUUUGCUCUGUUCUCAGGCGGAAUCUCAAAUCCGAAGCUGGUUGCUGUCUCGAAUACGGUAACAUAUGCAAAUCCAAAAGCCCCUGUCUAUCCACGUCUAGCUCAAGGGAAGGCUUGGAAUGAAAUGGCAGUUACCUGGACUAGUGGUUAUGAUAUUAUAGAAGCAGUACCUUUGGUUGAGUGGGGCCCAGAAGGAGGGGCUCGGAUGCAAUCUCCAGCUGGAACUUUGACUUUCAGUCGUAGCAGCAUGUGUGGUUCGCCAGCACGGACGGUGGGAUGGCGUGACCCUGGCUUCAUUCAUACUAGCUUUCUGAAAGAAUUAUGGCCUAAUUCAAUGUAUAGCUACAGAGUGGGUCAUAGAUUAUUUAAUGGUUCAUACGUUUGGAGUCAAGUUUAUCAUUUUAGAGCAUCUCCGUAUCCUGGACAAAACUCCUUGCAGCGCAUUGUGAUUUUUGGUGAUAUGGGAAAGGCAGAGCGUGAUGGUUCCAAUGAGUAUAACAAUUACCAACCUGGUUCUCUGAAUACUACAGACCAGCUAAUCAAGGACUUGAAUGAUAUAGAUAUAGUCUUUCAUAUUGGUGAUAUAUGUUAUGCUAAUGGAUAUAUAUCUCAGUGGGAUCAAUUUACUUCACAGGUUGAACCAAUUGCUUCCACUGUACCAUAUAUGAUUGCAAGUGGAAACCAUGAGCGCGACUGGCCAGGAACAGGUUCUUUUUACACCAACAUGGAUUCAGGCGGGGAGUGUGGUGUGUUGGCUGAAACCAUGUUUUAUGUUCCUGCUGAGAACAGGGAGAAAUUCUGGUAUUCAACUGACUAUGGCAUGUUUAGAUUCUGUAUAGCUGACACAGAGCAAGAUUGGAGGCCAGGAACAGAGCAAUACAAAUUUAUUGAACAUUGCCUAGCAACAGCCGAUCGACAGAAACAACCAUGGUUGAUCUUCAUGGCACAUCGUGUUUUGGGCUAUUCCUCUGGUACAUGGUAUGCUGAAGAAGGGUCCUUUGCAGAGCCCAUGGGUAGAGAGAGCUUACAAAGUCUAUGGCAAAAGUAUAAGGUCGACCUUGCUUUCUAUGGCCAUGUACACAAUUACGAGAGGACAUGUCCUGUCUAUGAGAACAUAUGCAUGAGCCAGGAGAAGUCUCAUUACACAGGCCCACUUAAUGGAACCAUUCAUGUAGUUGCUGGUGGUGGUGGUGCUGACCUUGCUCAAUUCACCUCUCUUCAGACAAGUUGGAGUCUGUUUAGAGAUUAUGACUUCGGAUUUGUAAAACUAACAGCAUUUAGCCAUUCAUCCCUAUUGUUCGAGUACAAAAGAAGCAGCAAUGGUAAGGUUUAUGAUUCUUUCACGAUCAACAGGGACUACCGAGACAUUCUUGCCUGUGCAACUGACAGUUGUCAACCCACAACAAUGGCUUCCUAGAUUACCAUUCUGAUCCUUCCACAAAAGUAGAUUGCUCUCUGAGUGUUUUAAGUGAUAAGAAUGGGAGUGAAUGAGAGAUUAUGAGAUGCUCCAGAUGUUAGAAACAAAAUCAUUUAUCAACUUCCAUUUGUAAUCCGUGUUACAGUUGAGUAGAUUCCCAUUUCUUCCUCAAGGAAAUGAUGUGAGGCUUUUUGCUGUUUCUGAAAUAAUAUCCCAUGUUUCAUGUGCUA